UUCGCACGCGGUCCGGGAUGGCAGUUCCCCUGGAGCAGGCUCUGGCCGUGAUGGUCUCGACCUUCCACAAGUACUCGGCGAAGCAAGGCGACAAAUUCAAACUCAGCAAGGCCGAGCUUAAGGAGCUGCUGACCAAGGAGCUUCCGAGCUUCCAGAGCAAGCAAAUGGACGACGCUGAAUUUCAGAAGAUCAUGAGCGACCUGGAUGUCAACAAGGACAACGAGGUGGAUUUCCAGGAGUUUGCCUGCUUCUUAGCCUGCGUGGCCAUGGGCUUCAACGACUUCUUCAAGGAUCAGCGCCAGAAACAGCUGCGUAAGAAGUGACCCCAGAUGCCAGCGGGGCCGGGAUUCUUGUGCCUCAGCCCCCCGUGGCCCCCUUGUUUCCAGUGUAAUCACCCGGGCUUUCAAUA